AUGCCCAAGUCAAAGAGAUCCAAGGUCGUCCACCUGACCCAAGUCCAGAAGAAGGACAAGGAGCUGCGCACAAAGCUCUUCGACAACGUCCGCGAUGCCGCCGACAACUUCUCCCACAUCUACGUCUUUGGCGUCGAAAACAUGCGCAACACCUACCUCAAGGACGUCCGCACCCACUUUGCCGACUCGCGCAUCUUUUUCGGAAAGACCAAGGUCAUGGCAAAGGCCCUGGGCAUGACCGACGCCGAGGAAUACCAACCCGGCCUCUCAAAGCUCACUCCCUACAUUGAAGGCAGCGUCGGCUUGCUGCUGUCCAACCGCGACCCCGCAGAGGUCCUCGAGUACUUUGAGAACUACUCCGAGAUCGACUACGCAAGAGCCGGUGUCAAGGCCACCAGAGACUUUACCGUGCCCGCUGGUGUCGUCUACUCGCGCGGAGGAGACUUGUCUGUCGAAGAAGACGUCGCCCUGCCUCACAGUCUGGAAGUCACCAUCAGGAAAUGGGGUAUGCCCACCAAGCUCGACAAGGGCAAGGUUGUCCUCGACGGCGAUUACGAGCUCUGCAAGGAAGGCAAGACUCUCAACAGCCACCAGACUGCUUUGCUCAAGCUGUUCGGUGUCGCCAUGGCCGAGUUCAGGAUCCAGGUCAAGGCUUACUGGAGCCAGGCUUCUGCAGACGUUACCGCUGUCCAGGACCCCAACUCCAUGGAGGAGUAG